AUGUCGCUCAAAAAAAAAAACCACAAACUUACUAGUUACAUUGAAAUUCUUGAGGAGAAGGCAGAUGAAUGGCGAAAUUAUGCUAUUUGUUGUGCUUGUUGUGAUACUUUGGGUAGACCAACUGCCUUGCUUUAUAAGUUUUCAAACAAGGGUGAGCAUGUAAAAAAUCAUUUGAAAAAGUGUCAACAUUUUAUAAAUAAAGUUGGUGGUAUUAAAGAAGCAUCAAGAAUAUUAGAAAUUGAAUUAGAAGAA